AUGGAUAACCAGCAGCCGUCUCCCAAGUCGACUCGCCACAUAGACCGGGAGAGGAAGCGAGCUGCUCGAGCCUGCGAUGGCUGUCGCCGCCAGAAGGAAAGGUGUGAUGGGGGCGUGCCCUGUCGGCGGUGCUUCCGGCUGGGCCGCCAAUGCGACUUCACCAGCAGAGCUUCAGUCGACACGGAAUCUCAGGCUGGCUCUGGUUCACGGCCUGGAGCAAACAUCUCAGCUGAGCAGGCAAAGCGGCUCGAGUAUCUCGAGAGAAUCGUCCAAGGCUAUGUCGGCAGCAAGGAUGCUUUGGACCUCGAGACUCUCAAAGGUCUGGCCCAGGGUGUAGAGAAGCGGCGGAACUCGCCUCGACCGGCAGACAUCUCAUCCCAAAGCUCGGAAUUUGACGGCGUGGAUGAGAAGUUUGACAUCCAGCCCCUUCACGGCAAUGUCACUCAUUACUCUGGAGAGUUUUCGCACUGGAACUUUUCCAUGCGCAUCAAGAAGUGGAUAGACCAGAGUGUCCCAAACGACUCUUCCAAUUAUCCGUCCAAAUCCGCAACGACGUUCAAGGAAUACUACCGGGCCGAGGAGCUGCAAUCGCACUCAGAUGCAAUGGGCUUAUUGUCGCUUCUGCCACCGAGACCCAUUGCCGACUUUCUCGUUUAUUCCUUCUUCAAACACGCGCAGACCAACUAUUUUUUUGUUGAACAGAAUUGGCUGAGAGCCAAGCUUGACCUUGCUUAUGAAAAUGCCGCCGCCUUCACUCGGCGAGAUGUGGGCGUGUCUCUGGUAGAUGGUGUUGAGAAUCCCACAGAAAAGGGGUCCGAUGCAUUCACGGAAGACGCAGUUGGCGUGCUAUUCUAUCAACAAGCAGCCCGGCUGCUCUCAGACGUCAUCACGGUCUCAUCGCUCGAGUGUGUCCAGGCUUGUUUGUUGCUCGGUAUAUACACGCUUCCCGUCGAUGCGUCCGGAUUGGCCUACAUCUAUCUCAAUUUGGCCCUCAAGCUCGCGAUUCAGAACGGCAUGCAUAGAAAGUACACCGUCGAGAAUCGAGAUGCAGAUGUCGUUGAAACGAGGAACCGAGUUUGGUGGACCGUGUACACCAUCGAAAAGCGUGUUGGAAUCUUCCAUGGCAGACCGACGUCCAUAUCCGGUACUGACGUGGAUGCUGAUUUUCCCGUCCACCAUCCCGACUUGUGGUCCUCCACCUCACAAACCGAUACCGCGCAUAUUCUGGCAACGUUUGAGCUCAACCAACAGCUGAGUAAAUUGUCUCGUGAAAUAACGAUCCUGAGGUCUCUGCCCAAGCAUGAGGUGCCCGAAGGACUGAAGCGGCUCGCGCAGUUGCACCGUGAGCUCAAGUCCUGGUGGGAUGCUCUCCCGGUGGACAUAUUCUGCAAGGAGUUCACAUCUCAGUCCAAGAUUUCUCGCAAGCAUAUGCAUCUGCAGUUGGAAUACUGUCUUGUCCGCAUGUUCGUCGGCCGCGUCUUCAUCUUCCCCGAGGCAGGCUUGAGGGACGGCAGCAGCCCGGCCACGUCUGCGAAUGCUCCAUCGAGUGCAUCGCUGAGCAAGAAAGGCACACGCGCAACCUUGGUGGCGGAUUGCGUCGAGGCUGCUCUGUCCGUCAUAGACACGUGUCGCUGUCUGCGAAACACAAUUGGUCUGGCUCGCGCCUCUUACACUGAGUUCAGCUCUUGUCGGGCAGCUCUCAUGGUGGUUACGACGCAAUGCCUCUCCCAGAAGACGUACAUGUUCAGGCAGGCUCUGCGGGAUGGGCUGUCAAUGCUAAAGGAAAUGUCAACUGGCAGUCUAUCGGCGCACUCCGAAAUGUCGCUGAUUGAGGCUUUUGAGCAAGCGAUUGCCAACAUGAACGCACAGGAGCAGACAGCCAGCUCCAUGGUGAGCGAGUCGGAGUACGCAAAGUUUAAGAAAUGGGAGCAGCUGUGGAAGAACGACGCGCCCACGGCCAUGUCAGAGUCCGUCGAUGGAAGCGUUCAAGGCAAAGCAGUGUCAACAGCUCCCCCAGAGCCGGAACCGCCUCGGCCAAUGGCACAGGUUCCAAAGGAAGAGGGUAUGAUGAUGCCCCCAAGCACGCCAUUCUUUGGCGUAGACGGCCACUUUGCUUCAUUUCCGCAGAGUCUGGACGACUUUACAGCUUUCUUUGGCAACGAAUUUGGAACAAACAUCGAUUCCGGACAUGGCUGA